AUGUCUACGGCUCGUCUCAGCGCCAACGCUUCCGCCCUAGCCUUUGCCUCCUCUGCCCGCUCCUACUCGUCCCUCUCGUCUCGAGUUGCUCGCAGCACCAACACCCGCACCGCCUUCCAGAACGCAUCGCUUCUGGCCUCUGCACGCACCAGCACCAGCACCUCCAACAGCACCUCUCACUCGCUCUCCUUCGGCGUCAACACCCGCCUCUUUACUACCGCGAUGACUGCUGCCGGUAAGUUUGCUUUCAGUUCGACUCUCCUCGACCGCUCCCGAUCCGAAACGUCUCCUCAUUCCCAGCCUCGCUGCUCAACGGAAGCGCAGUCAGGCCACACGAAAGGCAUCGUUCCGCCAUCGGCUAGUCGGCGUGAUGGCUCGACCGCAUUCCGUCUGAUCCGUCAGCAGCCAACAGUCAGCCAUUCAGCCAGCCAGCCUCACAUGCGCUCGUCUGCAAGGCUGCUGCUGUGCAUGCGCAAAGGCCCCCCAGCCGGCGAGGGUCUCACGGUGCAAGCACGACCUUCGUCUGUCCCCCGCGCCGAGCUCUAUUUUUGUUGGCUCGCACAACACAGCAUUUGGUGCCUCUUCCGCGCCUGCUGCCUGGCUCGAGCGGGAAUUGCGAAGAAAAGGGACGAAAAUAAAUGCUUUGCCGUUCGUCCGCCUCUGUUCUGUUUUGAUCCGGGCUUUGUCACCAAGUUCUCGUGA